GAUCGUCGUACAAUAAUCGUUUUCUUUUCUUUUCUGCUGCUUGUUGUUGUUGGGGCAUUUAUUGUUCUGUGUCCGCGUCCUUCGCUGCUAACGGCAAUAAUGCAAACACUUCUUCACUUGUGGGAGUGGGUCAACUACUACCCCACCACCUUCACGGCGGAACACGGCCGCGACUUCCUCGACUCCUACCCCGACUACCCCGUCUACAGCACCAUCGUCUUCCUGCUCGUGGUGUUCUACCUGCCGGGCUACCUCGAGCGCAACAAGAUCGAGCUGCGCAUGAAGUACAUCGUCGCCGCGUGGAACCUCUUCCUCGCCGUCGCCUCCACCUACGGGGCGUGGUACACCUUCGGCUACGCCGGAUUUGUGAUGCCACUGCGCAACUGGCACAAUAACGUGUGCGAAUUCAUUCCGAUUCGCGGCAGCGACGAUUUCUUGUCGCAGCGCGCCAACGCGGUGCACGAGGAGCGUGAGCGGGUGUACAAGGCGAUGAACAUCGUGGACAAGUGGGACUACUCCACCGAGGAUGUGCACGACCUCAUCACCCCGUUGUACAACGGCAAGGGUGCGUUCUGCGUGGCCAUGUUUGCCUACCUGAAGACGCCGGAGCUGCUCGACACGCUCUUCCUCAUCCUUCAGAACAAGCCGGUCUCCUUCCUGCACUGGUACCACCACAUCGUCACCGCCAUCUACGUGUGGGUCACGGCGUACCGGCCGAUCCCGAGUGGCAUCGCCUUCUGUGCCAUGAACUACUUCGUGCACUCCAUCAUGUACUUCUACUACUUCCUGGUGGUGAUGGGGCUGCGCAAGACGAUCCGGCCUUUUGCGCCUGUCAUCACGCUGCUGCAGGUGUCGCAGAUGUUUUUCGGCAUGUACAUCACGGUGUACACAUACUUCCAGCACUGGCUUGGUCCGCAGUUCGAGCACACGCUGUUCUACGCUGCCUGCGAGGUGCUGCUGAACGCCUACAACGUUGUGACGUACAACGCGAAGAGUCUCUUUUCCACCGGUGCGCUGGCCUCGAGCGUGCCAAAGUUCAACAUGAGCGAAAACUUCUUGGGCUGCGACAGCGACCCGACGAACAUGCGCAUGGGCAUGAUGAUGUACGGCAGCUACUGCGUGCUGUUCGCCGUGCUGUUCAAGGAGCUGUACCUGGACCCGCGUGAGCACAGGAACUCGCUGGUGCUGCAGCGCAAGCACCACGAGAAGCCGUUGGAUGAUGAGAUGAAGCCGGAUAUGAAAACGGAAUAA